AUGUGGUUAAAGAUUGUGGGAAAGGGAGCCGUGGCAGGAGAAAAGGACAAGCCCAAAAGCGACACGGAGAUGGCUGAGGACCCAAGCAUGAUGGGACGUCUGAACAAGAUGGAAAAGCAGGUGGGGGCAAUGGACCUCAAACUCAACUUUUUGGUCAGCAUGUACACCACGCAUAUGGGCAUCCCACGAUCUGAGACCGAAGCCCUCCUAGGCUUUAAAAUCCCUUACCCUGCUCCUCCCUACCACAGCCCUGACGAUAAGAGCGAGAAAGCACAGGACGAGAAUAAAAAGAGUGUGUCCCCUGUCCAUCCUGGUCCCAACGGGACUCCCACCAAUAGCCAAUGUCGGCCCUCUACCUCAUGGCAUCAGCAGGAUGACCAUCCCCUCAGUGUGCCUCUCUGGAACAACAGCCGAGGAGUUUCGCCAAUAGGCACUGACAUCCCCUCGCUGUACCGCCUCCCGCCUCCGCCGUUCCAUGAGAUCGGGGACAGCAGCCGCUCACGUAGGUCCAGAAGACCCGUCCAGCAGCAGGUGGCCGUCGAGAGCGACACGUCCUUCUCCAUUCCCUCAGUGGACCAUGAGGAACUGGAGCGCUCUUUUAGCGGCUUUAGCAUUUCUCAGGCCAGGGAAGAGGAUUAUGUACCUCCGGUGAGUCUGGGGCUUUCUGGUGGAGGCGGCGGGACACUGUGCACCCGUCUCAGACCUUAUCUGGCCGAGGGGGAGUCGGAUACGGACUCUGACCUCUAUACGCCGGGAGCGCCGUCCCCUCUUUCAUUUACCGGAGAGGGGCCUUUCGGUGACAGGAUGUGGCCUGGUCUGAAAUAGUUUGGAGUUUGUUUAACGGACCAGUAUCCUGGAUGUAGCUGAUGGAUGUGUAUGUGGCCAUUUGGACUUGAUAGAGUGAAUCGUUUUCAAUGUCGAAAAACAAAAAUGUGGGAGUGAUUACCGACUGCAUUGAUGCCACAGCAGCGAGAAUGAAUCAUAAACAUAAAAUUUUUUUUUAAAAACACGGAGGCUAAGGAUGUGUGCGUUCACAAGCGGAAAAGAUUGUGUGUAUUCAAUUACUGGCAUGGAUCUUCAAAUCAAAAAAGGCACCUCUUCUUUAUUACUUUGCAUAGUCACCACAGCUAAUGCAGUAUCAAAUGCACUUUACCUUAAAACUGUCAUUUUAAUUCAUAAGAUAUUUAUUUAUUUACAUUGUCUUUUCCUGAAAUGCGUUAUGAGACUGUUAUGAAAACGAGUAGUUAGUCAGGGCAUGUGUUCAUAGUAAGCAUUUAAUGAACAUUUUAAAUUGAAUGGUUCCUUUGGAGAAAAUAAUUGCAGCCAAAGAAAAAGACGGCAGAAAGCUGAGCAUGCCUUACAGGUACUUUUUCCCUCUUACAUUUCUUAUCUGUAGGAUGGAAAGAUGAAUUAAUUUUUUAUAGCUACAAUUAAAGUCAAAACACUUACGGAGAUAGACACAUACUUUUGGAGGAACUAUUAAUAUCUGCAGGAACCCGGGUGAUGAUCAGAGGAGAAAUAUCCAUGCUAUUGUAUGCAAUCAGUUUUCAUUUUCUAGAGUUGGUAACCUGCACUAUGAUAUCAUGUUUUAUGCUGUAGUGAAGAAGGCACUGAAUAAAAAUCAGACCUAAAAAUACAUUAACUGCAUGGCAUGUUUAUGGAAUAUAGCUUGUUGACAACCUAAUAGGAUGACAAAUGAGAUAACAAUAAAAGAAAGUCCCUUCAACUGCAGUCAGAUCUAGUCAGGGAUGAAGAAAUUGAAAAUGUAUCAGUUGUAUUUAUUUGUUUUGUUUUUCCAGGUCAGUUUUACAUUGAAAGCACUUGUUUGUACAGGUUUCCUGUAGGGCCCAGAGACCACAUACAUCUGCAAAUGUAUCACUUUUCCUAGUAAAAAGGAGGAAGAUUAAUCUCUCUAGAUGUGGUUAACAUAAGAAAACAAUGUUAAAAGAUAUAAA